AUGCAGCAUGUGAAUUCCGUUUUCUCUCAACCACAACGAAAGAGAUGUGCAACCCAUUAUCACAUUGCUCGUAAUAUCCUACACCAGCAGUUCACAAAGACAGACCCCCUUUUGUCAGCAGGUUCUGGUUCAAUUUAUGCCACAAAAACGAACAAUGUCAACUGUCUUCUCUCGGCAGAAAGUAUGGUUGUUAGCAAGCAAUCUCAGAAACACUUACCAGUCUUAAACCAAAAUUGUGCACAAGAGAAAGGGUUGGCUGCCACAUGUGAUCAUAAUCUCGCUGCAACUAAAAGUUCUAAAACUGCCAAUCCAGUAGAUUCAACACAUCAGAUGCAGUUUGUGCUACAAGGUCAACACCCUGGGUCAACUGGGAAUCUAGCGCAUGGUCCUGCUUUCAUAUUUUCUCCGGCCCAUUAUCAAGCAACAGUUGCAGGAGCUUCUAAUCAGGCAGGAGGUGCGAAUUCUCCCAACUAUGCUUCCUCAUAUAAUAGGCCCCAGCAUUCAAUUGCCGGAUCUCCCUGUACCUCCUCAACUUUGCCAGCUGCUACUUCUGCAAUGAGCUUUAGCUACCCUCAUUUUUCAGCUAAUAAUUCUCCGUAUGCGACUAUAGUUCACAACAACGGCUAUUCAUUUCCCAUUUCGACAACUUCUCUUGGAGCGACUGCAGCAAUCAGAGGUGCAAGCCCUUCACAAACAACACAUAUACUAGGAGGGCCUCUGUACCCUUCUCAAACAUUCCAUCCUUUUCAGAAUCUGCAACAGCACCCUCACUCACAAGCACUCGUACAACCAAGUUAUCUUGCUGCACAGACAUCAUGUAGUUCAUCGUCUCAUAUGCAGUCACAUCGUGCACAAGUAAACAGUAAUAAUAACUUGACCUCUAAAGCUGCAGAACGACAGUCACAGAAACAACAGACUCCACAUUCUCAUCCUCACAAGCAAGAGACUGAGGUGAGUGGAAAGAGUGUACAGUCUGUUGCUAAUCAUGCAUCUUACCCUAUAAAGAAUUUGCAAGGGCAGAACUUCACGAUUCCAGUUCAGCCAGUGAACUUUUCUUUCAAGCCAUGUGCAACAUCUGAUAUCGUUGGUGGCAACAGUAAGCAGCAACCUUUAAAUGGGGGAGUUGAGGUUAUAUCAUCUCAAGCAUUUGCAGUAUCAUUUGCUUCAUUUAACGGAACAAAUCUUCCGUCAAACCUUAAUUUCUCAUCCAUGAAACAGAAUCCAGUGGUAAUUCAAAGUCUGCCUGAUGCUGCACGGCAAGGAUAUCAAGCUGCAAGUACACCUCAUACUGUUCAGCAGAAGACUUACUCAAUUACUAUAGAGAAGAGAGGAGGAAAUUCCUCCCACCAAGAUGAUGAUAAAAAAACCACUCAUGGUAAGUCAUCAACUAAUGGGCCAACCACCCUUGUUUUCGAUAAUUCGUCAAAGAAUAUUAACUUUGUGCUAUCUCCUUCAAAUGGAAACUGGCCUGGUCACUCCAUUGCUUCCACUGUGAUAACAACCAUGCCUUUUUCCAGUAAUACUUCAAGUUCUCAACAGUCUUCGCAAAUGCUUCAGAAGCAGCAUAGCAUGCAACAACUGCAACCUGCAACGGCUAUUCGAAAUAAAGCUUCAUCCACCAAUACCGCUUCUGCUACAAAAUUUCCUAACAAUAGCCCUGUUUUCUCACAAAGUCACACUCAAUUCAAAAGUUCUAACCAAACUUCUCACUCUAAGAUCACGGGAAGAACGGCGGGUUCUCAUGUUAAUCAUUCAUCUAGUAUAACAUCCAAGACUCCAACUGCCAAAAAUAUUUCUCAGGAGAAAGUAAGAGGGUCACAAGGUCAUAUGCAAAUUUCUUUCGGAGGAGAUUACACAGCUUCUCUGUCAUCCCAAGGGCAACAACAACCCAAUAACAGCCAGUCUUUGUGUUCAACAGCUGAAGGUACUCCUUUUAAUGGGGGCCACUUGAAGCCAAAUUCGGAAGGUUGGAAAGUCAAUUCAUCAGUGAACACUCAACAAACUGAGAAUUCUUCUGCUGGGAGUAGCCAAAAAUCUUCCCCAGUUUGUGGGAGAAAUGUUCCAUCAAUCUUAAGCUCAUGUCCCAGCCACUUCUCUGAGCUGAAGUAA